AUUGACGAGCGUGUCCUUGCGCUUUCAGUAACCAUAACUCUUGCGAUCCUGCUUCUUAUUGGGAUUCCCCUGGGCGCUAUUCUUCCCCCGAAAUACGUUGUUGAGCUGCCGGUGAAUAUCCUGGUGCCGUUCUACGUUUCUCCCGACCUGGGUGCUUGGGAUCGAUUGUACGAUACAGCUGUCAAGCACGCAGACCUAAACUUCACCGUAAUUCUGAAUCCCGACAACGGGCCCGGAUCGAGCACGUGGCCAUCCGGCGUGUACGUCAAGGCCAUUCAGAAAUUGAAUAAAAUCCCGAACGUGCGCACGGUCGGCUACAUCGACACGAAAAACGGCAACCGAGAGAAUACCACCGUGCGCGAAGAAAUAGCAACAUACGCGGGUUGGAACAACACCGAUGGCCUUGCUAUCCACGGUAUCUUCUUCGAUCGUACGCCUAGCCAAGAUGUUGAUGAUGCGCGCGGAUACCUGAAAAACAUCAGCGCAAAGGUGCGGCAUUCGGAGGGCUUCUUGGAGCCAAAACUGGUGAUUCAUAAUCCAGGCGUGGUGCCGAAUGCGAGUUUGGCGAGUUAUCGCGCGGAUAUUACGGUGGUGUUUGAAGGAGCGUAUGAAGAGCUGCCUAAGAGAGACGAUAUGAAAGCGAAGCUGAGCGAGUUGCAGGGACGGAGGGACGAGUUUGCGUACUUUGUACAUUCCGUGCCCAAGGAUAUCAGAAGAGGGGGAAUUCGGAAAAUCGUUGAUAGAACGAGAAGAGAUGUUGAGUGGUUGUUUGUGACAACUUUGGUAGGAGAGAAGAGAUAUGAGGGUUACGGAGGCAUGUGGGAGGGGUUCUUGGAAUUAACGUGGUAG